GAUAUCAAGGCACGCGAAUGGAAUUCGCGGAGCUCAUACUGACGCCUAAGCUAGAUGGUGUCCUGCUGUACGAUCAGUUAAGCGAUCGGCCCAUCGAUGGGACGCUUUGCAUUACCGGUCAUCAUUUGAUCCUGAGCACGAGAAAAGAGGGUGCUCAAGAACUGUGGCUGCUGCAUCAAAACAUCGACCUUGUUGAACGAAAGCCCAACAUUGUCAACAACAUCCUCGAGGGUGGUACCAUCAUACUGAAAUGUAAAGAUUUGCGCAUUAUUGCACUGAAAAUAGCAUCCCCGCAGGAGUACUUUAACAUUUCGAACUCGGUCGAACAACUUUCUAAUCUGGAGGAAACACGUAUGCUCUAUCCCUUCUUCUACAUCCCGAUGUACAACAUCCUUGAGGACGGAUACUCCCUGUACCGACCCGAGCAAGAAUUUGGCAAACUGCUAGCGAACGUUGACGAGUGGCGGCUGACGACGGUAAACAGUUCGUACCAGGUCUGUCCUACUUACGGUGCCCGGCUCGUGGUUGCCCGCUCCAUCACCGACGAGCAGAUCAUCCAGUCGGCCGCUUUUCGCGAUGGUGGCCGGUUUCCGGUGCUUUCCUACCGCCACGCAAAUGGUGCGGUCAUGCUGCGCAGUGCCCAACCCCUGGCUGCCCCGGGCGUUACGAAGCGUUGCCGGGCGGACGAAGCCAUUCUGAAUGCGGUGCUGGGCCGGAGCAAGAAGGGCUUCAUCUUUGACACGUGGGCGAAGGGUAAGAGCAGCACGACGGAAACGGAUCAGCAUUACUCCCAGUGGAAGAAGGUGACACGGCCAAUCGGGCAGUUUAGUUCCGUGUCGGCGUUGUUAGAUAGCUUUAUCAAAUUGAUGGAAGCCUGCAACGAUGUGCAGUGCAGCACGGACAAAUGGCUAACGCGGCUGGAAAUGUCCGGCUGGCUUGGGUUCGUGCUGAACGCGCUGAAUGCGGCGUGCGUCGUGGCCCAGUGUCUCGAUCAGGAGGGCAGUCCAGUGUUGGUGCACGGUGGAAAAGGGCUCGAUACGACACUCGUCGUAACAUCGCUGGUGCAAAUCAUACUUAAUCCCGACAGCCGUACGAUCAGAGGGCUGCAAGCUCUUAUCGAUCGUGAGUGGCUGCAGGGCGGAUAUCCGUUCUCAACCCGCCACAAACAUUCCUGCUACACACCAACCAAUCAGCGGCGCAAAAGUUCCAGCGCAACGUUUCUGCUGUUUCUCGACUGUGUGUAUCAGCUGUACGCGCAAUUUCCUUGCAGCUUCGAGUACGACCAUCGGCUACUGGUGACCAUGUUCGAACACAGCUACUUCAGCCAGUACGGUACGUUUUUGGGCGAUUGUGAACGGGACCGGGUACAGCUGAAGGUGACGACCCGCACGACAAGCCUAUGGUCACACCUGAACCGGCCGGAAGUGGUCAAGUCGCUGCUAAACCCAUUGUACGAACCGAAUCCGGCCGUCAUAUGGCCCUCGGUUGCACCUAUCAGUAUUGUGCUGUGGUCGGAACUGUACACGCGCUGGUCGAUCGACCAGUCCCAGCUGAAGAUUAACUUUAGCCACAUUCAAGCGCUAGUCAGCCGGGAAAAGGAUUUGCGCAGCCGGGUGGUCAAAUUGCGCCGCCAGCUGGCGGACCUGCAGCGCGAAUAUCAGAUCGUGCGUAGUGAAAAGAAUGGCAACAACAGUGAUGAACUGCACCACCACCACCGACACGCGGAGAUGGACGAUCCCGGGGACGAUGGCGACGAGGAGAGUGUAUCAUCAGAUGCACUAGGAUCUAGUAAGUAGAAUAGAAACAAAGCCU